AUCUCUUCUGUUUUCAGGUGAAGGCUCUGAUCUGAUCUGAGUUUGUAGCAAUGGCGAAACUAAACCCUAACCUCAUCUCUUUGAUUCUUUUCGCUCUCGUGGUGAUCGUCUCUGCCGAAGUUAUUUUCGAGGAAAAAUUCGAUGAUGGGUGGGAGAGCAGAUGGGUAAAAUCCGACUGGAAGAAAGAUGAUAACACUGCUGGGGAGUGGAAACACACAGCUGGAAACUGGUCUGGUGACGCUAACGAUAAAGGUAUCCAGACUAGCGAAGACUACAGAUUCUACGCUAUAUCAGCUGAGUUCCCUGAGUUCAGCAACAAGGACAAGACCCUAGUCUUCCAAUUCUCUGUCAAGCACGAGCAGAAGCUUGACUGUGGUGGUGGCUACAUGAAGUUGCUCAGUGAUGAUGUUGACCAGAAGAAAUUUGGAGGAGACACUCCUUACAGCAACGGUGAAUGGAAGCCCAAGAAAAUCAAGAACCCAAAUUACAAGGGCAAGUGGAAGGCUCCAAUGAUUGAUAACCCUGAGUUCAAGGAUGACCCAGAACUCUAUGUCUUCCCCAAAUUGAAGUAUGUUGGAGUAGAGUUGUGGCAGGUGAAAUCUGGAUCCUUGUUCGACAAUGUGUUGGUAAGCGAUGACCCAGAGUACGCUAAGAAGUUGGCCGAGGAAACCUGGGGAAAGCACAAGGAUGCGGAGAAAGCAGCAUUCGACGAAGCUGAGAAGAAGAAAGAGGAAGAGGAGUCAAAGGACGCUCCUGCUGAAUCUGACGCUGAGGGAGAAGCAGAAGAUGAUGACAAUGAAGGAGAUGACUCAGACAACGAAUCAAAGUCUGAGGAAACCAAGGAAUCCGAGGAAACCGAUGCUGCCCAUGACGAGCUUUAAGCGAAGAAGGUGGAGAAUUAAAAAGUCCUCAGUGUCUUAUUUGUUCUUAACCUUUUCUUUCAAAGAAAUUUUUUUAGCUCUAGUUUGGUUGUGAUGUAGAACUUUUUAGCUAUCAUGGUGAUAUAUGGUUAUGGCAGCUUUAUUGGACUUGAGAAAAUCGUUUAUGAUUCUCUUCA